AUGUCUUACUCUGACAAGGACUCCUCCCGCGUCGCAGCCGGUCUCAAGGCCGCCAUCCACAACCCCUCCGUCAGCGACGAGGCCAAGGACAACGCCGCAGCGCGCCUCGAGCGCAUGGAAGGCCGCACUCACACUGGCACCCACACCGGCCAGUCCAACUCGCACGUCCUCGGCGGGUACAAGGCCACCUUGAGCAACCCCAACACGUCCCCCGAAGCCAAGCGCCACGCCGAGGAGAUUCUCGCGUCUGCGGGCAUCGGCGAGCGCGCACACGAUACCUCCGAGGACGAGCACGAGAAGCGCGUUCUCGCAGGGUACAAGGCCGCUCUUCACAACGAUUCCGUUUCUCCAGAGGCCAGGGCGCACGCUCGGGAGGUUCUCACUGCCUACGGUGUUGAUGUCUAG